UGGCGUCUCUAAAUGAAGAACAGUGUAAUCAGGGUUGGGUGGCGGGGACGAUACAAUCAUUUAUCUUUUGAAAAAAAGAAAGAAAAAUAAAGUAGAAGGAGAAAUGGGAGAUUUGUAUGCCUUGGACUUUGAUGGAGUUCUCUGUGACAGUUGUGGAGAGAGCUCUCUCUCUGCUGUCAAGGCUGCCAAAGUGAGAUGGCCGGGUUUAUUCGAUGGCGCGGAUUCUGCCAUGGAGGAUUGGAUUGUCGAUCAAAUGUACAAAGUGAGACCUGUGGUCGAAACUGGAUAUGAAAAUCUGUUGCUUGUGAGGUUGCUGCUGGAGACGAGACUACCUUCCAUUCGGAAAUCCUCGGUUGCAGAGGGACUCACAGUAGAGGGGAUAUUGGAGAACUGGUCUAAGCUUAAACCUGUCAUUAUGGAAGAAUGGGGCGAAAACAGUAGAGAUGAUCUAAUAGAUCUUUUUGGGAAGGUCAGAGACGAAUGGAUGGAUACAGACUUGGAAACUUGGAUUGGUGCAAAUAGAUUCUAUCCAGGUGUUCCUGAUGCUCUGAAAUUUGCAAGCUCAAGGAUAUAUAUAGUUACCACAAAACAGAGCCGAUUUGCAGAUGCUUUGUUGCAAAAGCUUGCAGGAGUUACAAUACCACCUGAGAGAAUUUAUGGCCUUGGAACUGGUCCUAAGGUGGAAGUGCUGAAGCAACUUCAGAAGAAACCAGAACACCAGGGGCUGACACUACACUUUGUGGAAGAUCGACUUGCAACUCUGAAGAAUGUGAUUAAAGAGCCUGAAUUAAAUGCAUGGAAUUUGUAUCUCGGUAAAUGGGGGUACAACACUGAGAAAGAGAGAGAGGAAGCAGCAAGCAUUCCCAGGGUUCAAGUUCUCGAACUCUCGGACUUUAGUCGGAAGCUGAAAUAAUGAUUGAUUUCACUGUACUGUUAAUUAUUCAUAGAUUACUCAUUUCACUUAUAAAUAAAAACGGCAUAAUUUCUCGUUUCAUGAAAAUCAUGGAGAUGAGUUAUUUGAAUGUCCAGCAUUGCCUUCUAAUAAAGAAGCCAUGUAUUUCCGAGCUAUUGAUGGUAUCACAAAGACAAACAGAUAAUUACUUGUGGAUUUCAAUUGUAAUAAUUUGUUUGAUACCCUGAUUCCUAGUAAUAAUGAAUAAAUUUCAAUUAUCAAGUCAUACGGUAAU